UACCUGCAAUGCCGCUUUCAGGAAACCAUGAACUUAUAUUCAUGGGUCUCUGAUUUAAAAUCUUUGAAACUCGAUGAUUUUCACCACGAAGCAACUUCUCCCCACACGAGUACCUCUUAGCACUGAAAAUGGACAAAGAUUCAGCGGCCGUACAUUCCAAGGCUCUUACGCAUGGACAGCGGGGACAUUUACAAUGGUCAUUUUUCUUUGGAAAAAAAGCUUUAAAUAUCCCGAUAUGCCAGGGAUAUUCCAGACGAUCGUGUGUUUUUUUUUUUAAUGUGGCUUUUUGUUUACGAAUCUGUACAAACUGAGUAAGCUGCUGGGUUUACCCGCGGUUGCCAGGCAAUGGCGAGUGGCUGGAGGCGCCGCAGCUCCAUGGAGACGGCCAGUUGGUGCUGAGACGAAGCCAACAGCAGGCCGGAGGAGAGGGUCAGGCCACAAGCUUCUCCGGCCGCACACAUGGAUAUUCUGGGCGUGAGGACCUCGCACUCUGAAAUCAUAUUCACUGCCACGGAACCCAGGCAAACGUACCGUACAACACUCACCGUGCUAAACAUCAGUAGCGUCUCCAGAAUGGUGAUCGUUCGUCCAUCAAAGAGCAAGUUAUUUAGAAUAAUUGCAAAGAAGAAUAAUAAAAAAAUUGCUCCUGGAGUACAAAUUUCAGUAAUUAUAGAGUUUUCCACAACAAAAGCAGUUGAUGCAUCAGAUGUAUGCACUAUAGGCAUAGAUGAGGACAUUAUAACAAUACCUCUGCAUGCGUUUACCGCUGCCUGUGAUCUUAGUGUUGAUCGAGAAGUUGAUUUUGGUACUGUUGUCGCUGAUAGUAGAGUUAUUUUCAAAGAGAUAUGUGUUACAAAUAAUGGAUCUCUCUCAGGGCGCUUUGCAAUUGCAAGUCCAAGAAAUCAAUUCAUGACUAUUUUACCUAGGAAUGGAACAGUUCAACCAAAAAAUGUGUUUUUGAUCAAAGUUGAAUUGUAUACUUAUCAACCAAUGGUUCUCGAUGAAAUGAUCAAGAUGAGGUUGGAAGAUGCUGAAGAUACAGUUGUGAAAAUUAAGGGAAAUAUUGUUGUACCAACUUUGGAACUCAUUGAUUUUUCUGGCCAGAAACUUGAAUGUAUUCAAUUUGGUAGUGCCUAUUACGGAACCUCAAAGCUGGAGCAAAUUUUUGUGUACAACAACAGCCCUGAAUUUAUUAACUGGGUGACACUGAUGGAAAAUGAUGCUGUUGGAUCUGAAGUGGGUACAGAUCUGUCUCUGAGUUCAGAGGCAUUUUUGGCAGAUAAAUUGAAAGAAGACUACAGACCAACUGCUUAUACAUCUGAUCUGAUUGCAUGUCAACCUUGCGAAGGGAUUCUGAACCCAUACAGCAAAAUCAUUGUUACUCUGUGCUUUAGCCCCAAGGAAUUUCCUGCUACAAAAUUUCACAAAAAAGAGGAUGAAAUACCAAAAUUCAGAGAGUAUGCCCUUUAUGUGAGAUUUGAGACUGUGCGCAGCUGUGAUAUUUUUCCAUCACAGCAGAAAUUAUCCAAUGAAAGCGAUGGGAGAAAAGGUCAACAACGAGUUGAGGUAGCACUUACUGGAAUAGGGUGUCCUGUUAACUUAAACAUCGGUCCAGUGUCAAAAUUUGAUUUCAUGGAAUGCUUUCUUGGUGAAAAGGUGAACGUUAAGGGAAUUCUUCGAAAUGACUCACAUUUACUUCCACUCAACUUCCAGUUUCGUCAGAUGGCCCAUUUUCGGGUCACUCCUGCUAAAGGAGACCUUAAACCAGGACAGUCAAUGGAAGUUGUGAUCUCUUUUGCUGCACACCAGCUUGGAAAAGUUGAAAUAAACCAAGUGAUCGACUUUUUUGGAUUGGUUGCAUUUCCAAACAAUCCAGUGGAAUUGAAGAUGGAAUUAUUUCAUCAGACAAAAAUUCCCUUUACAGGUGUUUGCAAUUCUCCCGUGAAGAAACCAAAAGCAAACCAUAUGCCUGGCAAAGAAACGGAUCAUUCGGCCGAGCAGAUGACUGGUAAAAUCAGCAAGAUGAGGGAAUUAUCUCCUGAUACACUGCUUACUGGGUGUGAAAGUGUUUAUUCUAGGAAGAAAAAAAACAAAAGUGCCACAGGAAUGAAACAUCACACUUGUGUGGAUUCUGAAUACACUUAUGAUGAUAAGGAGGUAGAAACAAUGAAAGCUCGGAAGAAAUAUUAUGAACGGUAUGUCCAAGGUCUGAGGAUACGUCGUCUCCAAAAGCAGGAUCACAGAGAAUUUGAUGAAUUUAACAAUGCAGUGGACAUUGGUAUAAGACCAGCAGAAGGAUUGCGUUCUCCAAAACUUUCAGCCAAAGAUAUAGUUCACGAGAAACUGGUGACAGAUGUAUGUGCUGCGGUACCACCUAUCCGAAUACGCAAGCUUAAAGUCAAAGGAGUUCCUCCACUAUCAAAACCGGCAGAGUUUGGUCUUAAUGCUGUCCCAUCUUCACUUCAAGAAGAGAUGGGUUGCAGUUUAACACUGACACCUCAGCAGCUACACCAAAUAUUCAUUGGCCCAUCCACCGUUGACUAUGGCAAAGUGUGUGUACAUUCAACAUCAACCCAGAAAUUGAAUAUUGUAAACAACUUAGCUACACACAUUUUAAUUGAAGUGGAUACUGUUUGUGUAGAGCUGCGAGAAUCCAGUCCAUUAUCGCAGGUUGUCCCACCCAUGUCUACGGCUUACCUACCACUGGUGUUCGGAAGUAUAAUCAAGGGACCUUUUCAGAAAUCAAUUACCUACAGAAUAAAUAACGUCCAUUCUGGUCGUAUAUUAGUAAUGGCAAGUGUGGUUAGCGUUGAACUUGAGCUGUCAACCAAUGAGCUGGUUUUAUCCCCAAACUAUGGGCUCCUGCAUGAAUCGGGCAUGAGGACAACAGUGCGGCUCUAUAACAGGAGAAACUACUCGGCUCAAUUCAGCUGGAUUCCAGUACUUACAGAAGAUGGAAUGGCUUUCUUCAUCCGACCUGAUGGAGGUGUUGUUGAUGCAUUUAAUGAUUUGGAAUGUGAAGUUGUCUGGCAUGCAUCAUUUUUCUCCCCUGUGAAAGGUGAUUUUGAUCUUAUUGUGCAUGAGGGGAACAAGAUCAGAUUGAAGUGUGCUGUCGAGCUUGGUCACAUUAAUGUUCACUUUGUUGAGAAUCGUGUGCUUUUUAAUUCUGCCGCUUUGAACAUAAGUGUCACAAAGAUAGCUGUUAUCAAAAACCAGGGGCAAAACCAUGCGUACUUUAAGGUCAGCAAUGAGAAUUGUGUGCCUGGUAUGACGGUAAUUCCUACUCAUGGAGUAAUACCUGUUGGAGGUUUUACAUGUUUAAAUAUUUUCUUCCACCCAACUACAAUUUUCAAAUUUGAUACCAGACUAAAGGUAGACAUUCGCAAUUCAAAUAUGUUGAAACUACGGGUUGGAGGAUCAGUGAUACAACCGAUGGCUGAAAUCAAUCUGAAAUACUUCAUGUUCUAUGGCAUCUACUGUGGUGCGACUUCAGUGAUUCCAUUCACUUUACUCAACUUAAUAGAAUCGCCCAUUAAGAUUGAAUUUGAUUUUUCUCAUUACAAAGAUUUCUCACUGAAGUUUGAAGCAUCUGCAGAUGCAAUUCAAGAUCCAGUCAAUCCUCAUUUGUUUGUUGCAAAUCUAAGAGGAAAGGAAAGUAUCAAGUGUGAAUUAUUCUUCACCCCAACACAAGUUGCAUCCUACUAUUUUAAUCUGCCAGUCAAUAUUAAUGGUAGUCCAUCGCCAUCUCCUCCUCCAAGUUCUAUACCACCUGAUCCUUAUGAAGAAAUGGCCUCUGAUUCUUCUUCAGUACAAUUACAGAGUCCGACACCAUCUCACAAAGUGAAAGCUACAGCACUUUACCCACCAAUUGAGCUUUCAACUACCAAGGUGGAAUUUUCCCUUAUGCCAGGAUACAAUGACUUAGGUGUUAUUGCAGCAGAUCCAUUUGUACAGAAAAUUGAAAUACAGAAUACCUCCAAAAAGGAGGUAACAUGGUUGUUGGAUAUAAAUAGUCAAGAAAACAAAGCUCUCGAUGAAGGUAUUUUCAGAAUCUAUAACUACAAUGGGAGUCUUCAACCAGGCCAAAGACACUGCAUUACCAUUGGCUUUUGCCCAAGUUACCCAGGCAAUUAUUCAAUUGAAAUACCCAUGUUUAUUAAUGAGGAAAAAACCAUCCGGUAUCGAGUGAUUUCUGUGACAGGUGUUAUACAUACUUCUAAGAUGAUUAUCGACCCCCCUUUUGUGAACCUGCACCCAGUUCCUCUAAAUACAGAAACAAGAGCAACAGUCCAAAUUAGUUGUAUAAAUUGUCUCAGUGACUGCACGAUCAAAGCUGAAAUUCCAGAAGUAGAAAAUGAAGAUGGGAACUGGUUUCAACCCAUAUCUUGUGAGUUCCCUGAAGGUUCAUCAUCGCUGUGUGUGAAUGGAACAAACAAAAGUAUAACGUGCAACAUCGCCUUCUGUUCAUUCACCCCAAUUUCAAUAUCUGUGGAUGUCAUAUUUAUUGAUCAGGAUCAGAACAGGCUGAAGCUUCCAAUCUCUGCAUCUGCAGAUAAUUGUCUGUUGACUUUGUAUAGAUACGUAGGUGUUCACCAAGCAGACCAGCAAAUUGUUCUCAAAACUGCAACUACUUCAACCAACUAUCCAAGUGAUGGAAAAGUCAUUCUUCAACCAUAUUACAGCCCUGGAACCUCACUAAGUUCAUCUACACUCACGGCAUUUUCGACUGUGUCUUCUUAUUUUCCAGAUUCUUCUCCAGGUACCACUGGUACUUCCAAAAUGGAUAAGGGCAGUGAAGUGAGUGAUCGUGAAUUUUUAGGUGUCACGAACAAUUGGAAAAAGCUCAUGUUUUUUGAUGAAGAUGUAUUCUGCCAAAAGGUCCUAACAGCUAUACAGGUCUGGGUCAGUCUGUUUGGUUGGCCAAAUGGAAUGAAUCCUAUUUCUAUCCCAGAGUCACUAAGAAGAAUAAAUCAUGCAGAAGGGAACAAAACAAUUUUAUGUGCUGAACCAUCUAAGUGGCCAUCAUUUGCUUGGUCUGACAGCAAACCGUUAUUGCCCAGUGACCCUGUGGAAUGUAUAUUACAAUUGCAUUGCACUAUUCAACACUUCUCGUUUCCUAAGCAUUGUUUACAGAACACCGAAAGUACCAACAUUUUUGACCUGAAUGAAGAUGUCUUUGAAUCAAUAAGCAAGCGUUCAUGGACUGAUAUAUUGCUGCAGAUUUACAAGGUUUUUGUGCUUUCUCGAUUGACUGUGAAGGAUAUCAACAAUAUGCAUAGCAAUCUAAGAUGCUUAGAAAGCUUACCGAGAAUAAAUGCUGAUCCUCUUUCCAGCAAUGUAUAUUCUAUUGGUGAGCGUGUCCUGCUGACAUGGCUCAACUUUCACUAUGAAUCCAUGAGAAAAUCUGUGUGGGCAUGUAGCACGAAAGGUGCUGCACCACCGACACGCUGGAUAAUUAAUUUUGAUUUAGAUUUGUUGGAUGGGUUGGUGCUGGCAGCUGUCCUGGCUGCUUAUUGCCCUGAUGUGAUUCCAACUUAUCUGGAGAAUAUGUUCACAUGUCCAUCUACUCCUGAGCAAUGCCUGCAUAAUAGCUUGGUACUCUUAAAUGCAUUUAAUGCUAUUGGCCUUGAUUUUGACAUACAGGCCACAGACAUUUCAGAUCCAAAUCCUAUCAUGAUGCUUAUGCUCUGUGUUUAUUUGUAUGAUCGACUUCCCAACUAUCUUCUUACGAAGAAUGUAGAAUUUGUUGGUGAACUGCAUGCUACCAUUGUUAAAAAAAUUCGAUUGCAAAAUCAAAUUGACAAACGAUUAGUUUAUUUCGCAACAAUAGUAGGAAAGGAUGCACGACAUUUCUCAUUGCCUGAUGGAAACAAGGUGUCAAUCGCCUCAAGGAAUUAUGUUGAUGUAACUGUGGAAUUCACAAGCCGAUUCCUGGAGCCAGUACAAGCUCUACUAGUGUUUGUAUCGAGGUUAAAAAAAGGAAUAGUGUGUGCAACAAGAACAUUUUCACUCAUAUCACAAGUAAACAAGAUGAAUCCUACUGCCUCUAUUAAAUGCGAAUCUCCAUGUUAUGAGCAGAAAAUAAUACAAAUGAAUGUCACCAACCCAUUGAAAGAAAUGGGAGUCUUCAGGGUGAUUUUAAUGGAGCACCACAAUGCUCUUUUUAAGACUGAGGAAUUUAAAUGCAUUGCAGCUUUGCUUACCAAACUGAAGACGCAAACAGGAAAAUGGAAUGCAAGACCUGGUGAAUUUGAAAAUGGAAAAGAAAUUGAAAAUGGUGCGGAUGAUCCAAAUGUGAACCUGAAGACCACUCUUCAGGAUAAUUGGGUGCCCGAGUUCUUCACUCAAGUGGAGUCAUUGCACAUGGAAGCUCAAGGUUCUUCAGUUAUGGAUGUUUUGUAUCUUCCCUUUCAUACAGGGAAUUCCCACUGUACCAUUUUCUUCGUCAAUGAACGGGUCGGUGAAUUUGCGUACUGUCUUGAAGGAACUGGUAGUAUACCAUUACCCGCCACAGGACUACAAGUGCUUAGUUCUCGUGCAAUACAGAACCAUUGCUUUGCUUCAGAUGAUAAGAAUACAUCACAAGUCAUUAUGUACUACAAAUGCAAUAUUGCCUGUUCCUUUGAUCAAGUAUUGAAAAUCCCAUUGAUAAAUGAAGCCAGAGAAAAAGCUCUGGCAAUUGUAGGACAGCGGUGGAUGUCAGAAAUAGAAUACAAACGCAGAAAGGUUGCUGGGACAUUGGAAAGCAGUAGUGUCCGAGCUUCAGUUGCAACAAUUGUGUUGCACGACUCUGAGCUAAAAAUAUCUCACUCCCCUGGAAAAUAUUGCAAAAAUCCAAGAUGUGUUGACUACACCAUAGAGCUGUCUGCGCCUAAGCACUUUGAAUGUCCAGAUACAGUAUCUGUUCCUAUAAUCAGAGUACACAGGGGAAAUUUCAAGUCACAUUUGAAGCCUGGAGGUCUGAACUUCAGUGAAAUAGAUGAAGAAGCUUCAUCCAGCCUGCCAAUGAAAUUUGUAUCAGAAGGGCCAGGCCACUAUCCUUGUAAGAUCCUGUUACAGUCCAAAUAUGAUGUCCGUUUGUAUAACAUUCUAUGUGUGGUAAAUCCUGAAGAGUUCUUUGAGACUGAGUUGGAAAUUGCUGCGUCUACCCACCAAUCCGUCAUUAAAAAUAUUCAUUUGUAUAAUGACACCCAAGAAGACUGGACAAUUCUAGCUGUUCUGGAAGGGAAGGGCUUCUUUGGCCCAUCGAUGCUUAUUAUUCGAGCUUGUGAAACGUCAAUGUACCCAUUAAUGUUCAAACCAGAUUUUGAAUCCAUGACUAUGGGUAAACUUGUCCUGACAAACCAAACAGAUGGUACUGAGCGUAUCUUCAAUCUCAAAGGGAUAGGCAAAAGUCCAGUGGCAAUGGAUCAUAUUGUGAUAGACUGUCAAGUAAGACAGAUAGCAAAGAAGGUCCUAUCAGUUCCCAAUUACACUCAAACCAAGUUAACCUGUAAGGUUGUUUCAGACUUGUCAAUAGUGAGUGGAGUACCCCAUGUUACCUUAAAAGCUGGACAAACUGUUCCCUAUGAGAUUAACAUUUUACCAUGGAAGCAAGGGAACUUUACAGGUGUAAUUUCAUUUGUGGCUGGAGACGAUACUCUACAGCAGGGCCAGCUGCCAGUCAGCAGUGGCACAGUGGAAAAGCCAGUAAUGAACGUGACAUCAAUGGCAGCUGAAACAACUGGGGAUACUAACUCUGCAAAGAAUAACAAAAUAUACAGAAUCUGGUUUUACUUGGAGAUUCAUUCGGUCCCAGGUCCACCUGAGCAGUCCUUUGGUGUAACUUGUGCUGUACAGGAAUCCAUAGAUGUGAAGAUCGUGAUAACAAAUCCCAUUGAUGAACCCCUGACACUGGAUGUUAUACUGAAUGGAGAUGGAAUUACAGGAGACACCUGUUUGGUAGUUAAGCCAAAAGAAACAAUUUCCUAUGUGGCUAGGUUCGCUCCAAGCAUUGUUGGUGAAACUAUUGGAAGUGUUACCUUCUACUCAGACCUCAUAGGAGAGUUUUGGUAUAAACUCAACCUUGUUGCAAAGAAACCAACACCACUAACCCUUCCAGAACUGCAGUGUGAGCUGGGGAAAUGGGCUCGUCAGUUCAUUCCUCUCGCUAAUUCUUCUAUUGAAACUCUGAAAUUGAAAUUUGUCAACAGCAACCCAACAAAUUUUUCAGUAGAAAUUGAUCCAAGAAAGGAGAUAAUUGUGAAUCCUCUGACUACAACUGAAGUACCUGUCCAAUUCUUCCCUUCAACACUGGGAAAAGGCAAUCAUUCCGCGACGAUUAUCUUCAAGUGUCCUCAAUUACAAGAGUGGACCUUUCAUCUGUCAGGAAUAGGCUUGCUUCCCCUUCAGAUGGACCCUGUUAGUAUCACCACUUGUGUUAACUCUCAUGCAUCAGUUAUCGUGCCUUUCAAGAAUCCAACUGAUGAUUAUCUUCUGGUAGAUGUGGUGCUGACAGAUGAUGAACAAAUCACCCACAAUAAAAGUCCUGCAGAUCUGCUACAAUCCAUUAACAAACAUGUUGUUUUCUGCAUUCCAUUGAAACAAAGUAGAGAUAUAUUACUUCCACCAAAAGAGAAAUUGGACAUCCCUUUGAUAUUUGCACCAGAAUACAUGACAAUGUAUGAGGGUCUGAUUGUCGUCCAAAUUAAGAAGCAGGAUGGAAGUACUUGGCCUUGUGCUUUACCUAAUGUAACAACUGAAGAAAUUAGAAGCUUUUGCAGAUCGGAAAAGGGGGAAAUUUCUGCAAUUCGAUGGCUGUAUCCGAUUAAUGGUAUCCCUGAAGCAUUGCCAGCAAAACGGCCCCCUGCUGUGAUCCAGUGCCAAGCUCAACAAAGAAUCGAAAAAACAAUAGAAAUUAUCCUUACUGGUGCCGUUCCUGGUUCUGCACAAACAGCAAUAAUGGAGGAUGAAACUGACAUUUCUUGUACUUGUGAAGAGGAGAUUCAGGAAACCAACAGACAAAGCAUAGGAGAUGAAUUUUUUUAUGAAAUGUUGUAUGAGACAGAGGAAGUAAGAGCUCAUAUGGAACCUACAGUUGCAAUAAGCUUUGUGAAGAAGGAAUGGGACACACAGACUGGCAUUGUUAUGCUCACCUUCAAUGUUGUUUUUGCACCAUUCACUCCAGUAAAGCAAACAGUGAUGCUGAAGGUGCAGUCUGUUACAGGUGGGGUCUGGAAAUUCCCAUUGCAUCUGACUGCCACUGAGCCACAGGUAGACGAUAUCAUCAAUAUUGAAACAACUGGGCUGAAUAAAGAGUCUAUUGUUUGCUUUAGGCUUACAAGCCAGACAAGGAAUCCCAUACCAUUCACAGCACUAUUCCUACCUUGUAGUGAUCCGGAAUUUGUGGUAUCACCUCAAACUGGAGAAUUGCUUCCGCUUGGCACAACUGGGACUCUAAUUACUAUUGGAUUCAUCCCACGAAUGUACAGCAAGAAAUACAAAGCAAGACUGCUCAUCCAGACAACAGAUAUGCAAUGGAUCUAUGAGCUCAAUGGUUUGGAUCCCCAGUACAGUCCUCCUAACCUUCAACAUGGCAAAGUCAUCACUUCAAGGUUUAGGCACUCUGUUCCUGUACGACAACGCAACUUCAUUCGUGAAAAUCUCAAAGUGAUAGCAACUGCAGUGUCCUCUCCUCUUAAAGGUGCUCCUCUCGUCACAUUAAGCAAAACAAGUAGGGCAAAGUAAAUGGAAAGUAAUUCGCAUUUAGUUGCAUUUUUAUAUUGCGAAUGUUUAAAGUUGAUAAGAAUACUGAACAGAUGGAGAAAUUGCCAUGAUUUAAUUAACUACUAUGAACUAAUGCGUGUUGUUGCAUGAUUAUAUCUUAUGCAUUGUCUUUUUCCAAUAAAUAUUUUCAGAAUGACCAUCAUCAAUUCAUAUCAUUUUCUAUAUAAAAGAUUUUGUCUGCAUUCACAUUUUUUUAAACCAUAAAUUCUAUACGAUCAUCAAACUUUUUUCCCCAAUUUAAUACGUUCUGAAAAAUUGAUGCAAAACAGACCUAUAAUGUUUGGUACCAUGUGUUAUAAUUGCCAUGUCUUAUUAACUACUAUGAACAAAUGUGUGUUACAUGAUUAUAUCCAGUGUAUAGUAGUUUUCCAAUAAAUAUUUUCAGAAUGAC